ACAAUUGAAAUGUGCGCAUGAGCUUAGUGUUCUUGCAAUAGUGUUCCACGAGCUCUUCUUUGUUUUUUGCUUCCUCCAACAGAACCAACCUCUUUCAAGGGAGUUCAUGGCGGCCAAGACAAUGCAGGCUGUUAGAUACGAAGCUUACGGUGGUGGUUCCGCUGCCCUAAAGCAUGCGGAGAUUCCAAUACCCAUGCCGAAGCACGGCGAGGUUCUAUUGAAACUCGAAGCAACGAGCCUGAACCCAGUUGAUUGGAGGCUUCAGCAUGGCCUGUUGCGGCCGCUCCUCCCAUUCAAGUUCCCAUUCAUCCCAGGUGAAGACAUCGCCGGAGAGGUGAUUGAGGUCGGACCCGGUGUUCAAAACUUCAAGCUGGGUGAUAAAGUGGUGAGCAUGCUCGGUAUUUUGCACGGAGGUGGCCUUGCAGAGUAUGCAGUUGCAAAGGCAAACCUGACCGUGGAGAGGCCACCGGAGGUCUCAGCUGCCGAGGGUGCAGGCGUAGUCAUAGCAGGUCUUACAGCUUUACAAGCCCUGACCAAGGCAUGUGGGCUCAAGCUUGAUGCCAGCACUUACAACGUCCCACUGAACAUUCUCAUCACGGCCGCAUCCGGUGGAGUGGGUCUCUAUGCAGUCCAGCUAGCUAAGCUUGCCAAGGCGCACGUAACCGCGACGUGUGGGUCUCGCAAUCUAGGGCUGGUCAAGAGCCUAGGUGCCGACGAGGUGCUCGACUACACGACCCCGGAAGGCGCAGCACUGAAGAGCCCUUCUGGCCGGAAGUACGACGUGGUGUUGCACUGUGGUCCGACGACCCCUUGGCAUACUUUUGAGCAGGUUUUGACCGAGACCGGGACCUUGAUUGAGCUAACACCUGGUGUGGCUCACUACGUGAGCGCGUGGUUCAAAAAAUUAAUGCGUUCAAAGAAGGAAUUUGUGCCCUUUCUUAUGGUGCCCACUCGCGAGGAGCUCGAGCUUCUGAUGGGCUUGCUCAAGGAAGGGAAGGUCAAGACGGUAGUGGACUCGACCUACCCUCGAGCCAUGGCCCAUGAGGCUUGGGCUAGGAGCAUGGGCGGCCAUGCCACUGGGAAGAUCAUAGUCAUCCAUAACUAAUGAUCGAUAUAAGUGGUAAUGGAAGGCACAAUCCAAAAUAAGCCCUGUUCGAAGUAAUAAUUUGUACUAGUUUCCAAUUACUUUUACUAAGUGGUGUUGGCUAUAAAGAGUAUUGAAUAUACUCUUGAGACAAAAUAGUCAUCAAUUAACUUGAACUAAAU